AACAUCUAAUUAGCGAACAAAUUGGUUAACCAACUCUUCGGUAAAGCAGGCUUGGGUUGCUACUAAGCUAUGACAGGCUGCAAAAAGUGUGUCCGAAAAAUUUGUUUGCCACGUGUACAGAUUAUUUGAUCCAAGACACUGAAUAAAGGGUGGUGUAGUGUAAAUUAUUGUGCCGGCCACACUACCCACCCAAAAACCACACACCAAGCCAACUGCCACGGGCGGGAAAAUCGUGUUCCCGCGCCGCUUGCCGCCGCGAAAUCGAGCCGCUGCCAGGCAGAUGGAGGCCGCCGGCGACCUCCCUGCUCCGCCCGACCGCUCCUCCGCCCUCUUCCCUGCCCCUGCCAGCAUGCCCGUCAUACAAUCGGGCCCAGCCGUGCUCGCAACAGGUGCCGUCCCAAAGCCGAAGGCCCAGCGGCGGGUAGGGCUAGCGCUGCCGCCGGCCGGCGUCCCGCGGACCCCCUCCUCCACUCCGACGACGGACAGGAUGGCUCCGCCGUCCCUCCCCCGCCGACUGCUACCGCAAGAAUGAAGAAGCGGCCGCCCCGCAACCCCUCCGUGCCGGCGUCGAAGCGGCCGGCCACCUGCCUCCUCAUCCUCCUCCAGCGGCCCCUGCCCCCGCUCCUUCUCCCCCUCUGGCAGCCCCUGCCUUUUCCGUGCCCGAGGUGUUUGAUGGAAUGCCCUAAAGGUAUGAAGUGUUCGAAAUUGAUGAAAUUAUUCGAUGGAAUCCUAAUCCACGAAGGGCGGUGAGAAGAGCAAACUUCACGGUGAAGGAGGAUGAGUUGUUGUGUAGAGCAUGGCAAACCAUCACUCUUGAUGCAAUCACCGGUGUUGAGCAACACCUAUUGGGAACGUAUCCAUGAUCACUACAAGGACAACAACAAGGGGGGCUUGUACGGAUCACGGGUAUCACUCUCAGAUAGAUGGAAAACUAUACAAGCGGAUUGCCAAAAGUGCGCAGCAUGUUUGGCACAAGUUGAACGCCUCAACCCAAGUGGUACAAAUGCGGUUGAUAAGGUACACAUUGCUCAAGAAUUGUACAAGGGGAAACCAAAGAAGAAAGGUGGAAAGCAAGGCAAGUCAUUUGGUUUGCACCAUUGUUGGGCAUUGCUCCUACAUGAUGAGAAGUGCAGGAAUCGGGGUGCCAAUGAAAUACCAAACAAGAAGAAGGCCAAUAGUUCGGUAGGAGAGACCGUGCAAGUUGACAUAGAUGACGAGAACUCAAGUGGUCAAGAUGAAAGGAGCCCCACUCCUUCUUUGGUUCCUAGGAAGAGGCCCGAUGGGAGAAAGAAAGAGAAGGAGAAGUUGAAGAAAGGAGAGGACAAUGUCUACAAGGAAUCAUUGGACAACAUAUUGAACAUAAGAAAAGACAUAGCCACUCAAAAGAAUGACUUGAAGACCAAAGAAUUGGAAGAGAAGAUGGUAGCCGAGGAGAGGAGGAACGAAAUUGAGGAGGGGAAGGCAAAGAUUGACGCAAGGAGGAACGAGAUUGAGGAGAAGGCAAAGAUUGACGCGAGGAGGGCGGCGGCUGAGGAGAGGAAAGUGCCUCCGAUGAUAUGAUGUAAAGGUUGGACAAGAACAAAAGAUUAUGUUCAUGGACACAAGUGGUCUAGAUCCGAAAGCAAAAACAUAUCAUGAACUCUUGCGUGACCAAAUCUUGGCGUCGAGGACAAUUGGUGGGUUCAUGGGAGGCAUGGGUGGCAAUGGAGGCUUUGGUGGCAUGGGUGGCAAUGGUGCCAUUUGAGAGCUUCAUAUAAACUAUUUAUUGUGUUUUGAUGGCCUUUUGUCUCUUUUAGUGACUUCAAUUUGAACUUGAAAGUUGCUAUUAAUGUGUGGCAUGAUGUUUGGAAUUUUAUCUAUCUCAUAUCAUGAA